GCCACCAAAUGCUUCAAAAACAGUUCCUCACAUGGUCCCGCAACCUCGAUAUCGCUUAAUUCGAGGAAAUUCGGGAACGUCGUGCGGUUAUAUGCUACUGAAUCGACAAAAUUUCAACGUGGUAAACCACACGUUAAUGUCGGCACGAUCGGACACGUGGAUCACGGAAAAACCACAUUGACCGCAGCUAUCACCAAGUGUUUGGCAUCCAAAGGACAAGCAAAAUUUAAAGACUACAAUGAAAUUGACAAGGCACCGGAAGAAAAAGCGAGGGGAAUCACCAUUGCCACUGCUCACGUUGAAUAUGAAACGGCAGGGAGACAUUAUGCACAUGUUGACUGUCCAGGGCACGCGGAUUAUAUCAAGAAUAUGAUUACAGGAGCUGCACAGAUGGAUGGUGCUAUUAUCGUUGUGUCGGCGACAGAUGGUCAAAUGCCACAAACACGUGAACAUUUACUUCUAGCUCGCCAGGUUGGUGUGACAAACCUUGUGGUGUUCGUUAACAAAGUUGAUGCAGUAGACGACCCAGAAAUGUUGGAGUUGGUUGAGAUGGAGAUGCGAGAUUUAUUAACGCAAUAUGGAUACGACGGAGAAAACACGCCUAUAAUCUUGGGAUCAGCGCUUGCCGCACUUGAAGGUCGUGAUCCGGAAAUAGGGGAAAAGGCCAUAGAAAAAUUAAUGGAAGCAGUAGAUCAACAUAUUCCAACUCCCGUGAGAGAUCUGGACAAGCCAUUUUUGAUGUCUGUCGAAGAUGUUUUCUCUAUUUCUGGUCGCGGCACCGUUGCCACCGGUAGGGUAGAAAGGGGUACCAUCACCAAAGGGGCAGAUAUAGAGAUUGUCGGUAUGGGACCGCCAAUUAGAACCACGUUGACUGGUAUAGAAAUGUUCCACAAGGAACUUGACAAGGGAAUGGCCGGAGAUAACAUGGGGGCUUUACUACGUGGUAUUAAACGGGAACAGAUUCGAAGAGGACAAGUGAUCGCAGUUCCUGGAACUGUUAAAUCACACAAGAAAUUUUCUGCGCAAAUUUACGUGCUCACUAAGGAGGAAGGUGGAAGACACACACCUUUCAUGCAGAACUAUAGACCUCAAAUGUAUUUCCGAACCUCCGAUGUUACCGUCACACUAACCUUUCCGUCUGGUACAGAAAAACCAGAAGAAAAAUUUGUUAUGCCAGGGGACAAUACUACAUUGGAAU